AUGUCGAAACUGCCGGCCUUCAUCAUCACGGACGGAACGGGACCUGGCGUCCUGUACCUCGGCCAACAAGUUGGAGCUGGACCUGAGAUCGAUUGGGAUAAAGCUACAGUCACGCUCGAUCAAGUUGCCGAGGAUACUGAACGGACCAAGCAUCGAAUUUCGAUCUACCGUCUUGAUCAACUCGAGAUGGCAUCAAAGGAGUAUUGGUUCCGAGCAUAUUCCAGCCGAAGUGGAGGUUUCAAUUCCAUUGGUCUGUUCAAAAGUCAGGCAGCCAAGAAUGGCCGUACUCUCAAUGUGGAGUCUUUGACGGAAGCUCAAAUGGCGGAUCAGCUUCGACGUCAUGUCAAUCGCACCGUCUUUGAAAGCCAUCUCAUCUCCUUUACCGUUUCAUUCAUGUGGGCAUUUCAUAGAGCGCUUGCUCUGAGAGAAGCUGGCCAUGAACACGUUCGCAUUGCUAUCAUAGAUAGCUGGGACAUUCCGAAGCGGACCUGGGUGAGACACGGUCAUUCAAUGCUCAAAGGAUAUGGCAUUGAACGUGAGUUGAUGUUAGAGAACCUCGGUCAAGGAGAACUCUUCGUGUGGGAUCAACUCCGUGUUCCUAUGGACGGCGUAAGGCUUGACGACAUGCUGAAGGCCGGAGUGUUGACAUUGCUGCCAUUCUAUCGGAAGCCUGACUGCGACCUUUUGUCCAGUUCUCCUGCAAAACACCCGAAGCGCAAGCCGAAGCAACUCUCCAAAUGGAAGAAGCCUUAUGUUAUCAGGAAUCAGAUUUUCAAACACUUGACUGAUGUGAGGGCAUUUGUCCGAAAAAUCAACGAAGAAAUGGCACCAAAGACUUUCAGGGAGAAGCAUGUUGCAGGUUGUUCGUUCUACAAGAAGAAGCUUAGUGUUUGGUGGCUCCAGAACAGUUACAUUCCCCUUUCUCAUCAGCAAAGGGAUGCUUUUGUGACAUUUGUGGAGGCCUUGUUUUCCGCUAAGUAUCAAUUUCCGAUGCUUAUCACUUUGUUCUCCUUGCGCCUGGACGAUAUCGAGCAUGUCGACAUCAUCGACUGCAUGGACACCCUCAGAGAUCAUCCAAUGAUGUCGGAAGUCAAACAAUGCUUCAAGGGGAAAUUCCGAAGAGGUUCAAAGGAGCUAGACUCGUUCGAAUGGCUUCUCGAACAGUGUGCAGAUCGACUGGGAGUGCCAUGCAGGAUAUUUCAAGAAUGGCACCAACCUCGUUUCACAAUGCCACGAGCACAGCAUCUUCACACUAUGCUUCCAUUUCUCACAUGGAGAGCGCGAAAGAAUUUUGAGAGUCGGUUAAAGCAAGAGCUUGAGAGGAAGAGAGGCGUUCAGAUUAACCAAGGUGUAGAGAGGCAAACUGGUCGAGGCACCAAGCAAACAAUUGCAACUUCUCCCAAAUGUGCUAUUCCAUUCAUUGUUACGGGAAAGCGCAAGGCAGAUAUUGAGCUCGAUCGAGCGGCAGUUAAGAAGAGCAGGAGCAUUCGAGCCGACGACGCCUCAGUGAAUGCCUUCGUGCAGAACAUUGCCAACAAGAUGGGAACAGUCGACAUCUAG